AAUAAGCCUGACUGCCAGAAGCAGUUUCGGAUCAAACUUACAAAAGAACUUAAAUCGUUUUUAUAUUUCUCUCGUUUAUAUCAUUCAAGAAAUAUUACAAACACUAAUAAUGCCUGACCAUCUAGGAGAUGAUAUGCGAAAAGUAAAGGAUGAUAAAGAAGAACCAGAAAAAGAGAUUAAAUCGCUGGAUGAAGGAGACAUAGCAUUAUUGAAGUCAUAUGGUCAAGGACAGUAUACUAAAAUCAUCAAAGAGGUUGAAGAUGGCAUCCAGACUGUAAUGAAAAGAGUUAAUGAAUUGACCGGCAUUAAGGAAUCGGACACUGGCUUGGCUCCCCCAGCUUUGUGGGAUUUAGCUGCUGAUAAACAAACACUUCAAAAUGAACAACCUUUACAGGUUGCAAGAUGUACAAAAAUUAUAAAUGCAGAUUCAAAUGACCCUAAAUACAUAAUAAAUGUUAAGCAAUUUGCAAAGUUUGUGGUCGAUUUAGCAGAUUCAGUAGCACCUACAGAUAUUGAAGAAGGGAUGAGAGUUGGUGUUGAUCGCAACAAGUACCAGAUUCACAUACCAUUACCACCAAAGAUAGAUCCGACUGUGACUAUGAUGCAAGUGGAAGAGAAGCCAGACGUUACGUACAGUGAUGUGGGUGGUUGUAAAGAACAAAUUGAAAAGUUAAGAGAAGUAGUUGAAACACCACUGCUUCAUCCCGAAAAGUUCGUUAAACUUGGAAUUGAGCCACCUAAAGGUGUACUGCUGUUUGGUCCUCCUGGUACUGGCAAGACCCUGUGCGCUCGAGCCGUCGCCAACCGAACCGACGCGUGCUUCAUUCGUGUUAUCGGUUCCGAGUUAGUUCAGAAAUACGUAGGUGAAGGUGCUCGAAUGGUUCGAGAACUGUUCGAGAUGGCUCGAAGCAAGAAGGCCUGUCUGAUUUUCUUUGAUGAGAUCGACGCUAUUGGUGGGGCCAGAUUCGACGAUGGAGCCGGCGGUGAUAACGAAGUCCAGAGGACUAUGUUGGAGUUAAUUAACCAGCUGGAUGGUUUUGAUCCAAGAGGGAAUAUUAAGGUUCUCAUGGCGACGAAUCGUCCAGACACCCUUGACCCGGCUCUGAUGCGUCCCGGACGUCUGGACCGGAAGGUGGAGUUCGGGUUGCCGGAGCUUGAGGGUCGCGCGCACAUCUUCCGCAUCCACGCGCGUUCAAUGAGCGUCGAACGAGACAUCCGCUUUGACCUGCUGGCGCGUCUCUGUCCCAACUCCACUGGUGCAGAGAUCAGGUCCGUAUGUACUGAGGCGGGAAUGUUCGCGAUCCGCGCGCGUCGCAAGGUGGCCACGGAGAAGGACUUCCUGGAGGCCGUCAACAAGGUCAUCAAGUCAUACGCCAAGUUUUCCGCCACGCCGAGAUAUAUGACCUACAACUAGAGUAUUAACAAUAAUAUUAUAUAUGUGGUACCUUUGUGCUGCUUCCUUAUUGUAAUUAAAAAAUAAACGGAUGUUUUUAA